AUGAUGCAACUAACAGUUUAUUAUUUGUUGCCUCAUCCCAGCAAACUACUCGAACAAGUGAAGCUGGUCCCAAGAAAGGCCACCAUUGUAGCUAGAAGUUCAAAUGCACCACCAACUGAUUCAGUUGCUCCAUCCUCAACAUCUGCCUAUCCUGCAAGUGGAUCUACCUCCCUAGCAAGUGGAUCUGCCCCUCCUGUAUCAACUGAAGCUUCAACUGGCAAUUCUUAUUUAUUGAGGAAACGACCUAUGGUUGUGGGAGCAUCAAACUUGAGCAAGGAAUGA